AUGAAUUUUAAAAAAUAUCGCUGGUGUGCUGUGCCAGGAUGUAAAAAUACAUGUACAAAAACACCCAAUAAGUUGUUUAUUAAAGUGCCGCACGUUGAUUUAUACAUGAGAAGAACUUGGUUAAAGAGAGCUGGUAAAGAUCCGAAUAAUCUUUCUGAUAAGACAAGCGUUUAUUUUUGUGAAGAUCACUUCGACUUGGAAAAUGACAUGGAAAACUACCAUAGGUAUAAAAUUAUGGGUUCUGUGAAAAGAAUCAAGAUGAAAUCCAAUUGCAUUCCUUCAAAAUUUGACUGUCAAAAUACAUCAACAAUAGAACCACUACUGAUUGUUAAAGAAGUUGAAACAGAUCUUGAAGAUAACCAAAUUCAAGAAUAUGAGGUACCAAUAACCUAUGCUAUUCAAGGAGGUUCCCUUGCUUUAGCAGUGUGA